AAUGUACUAAAAAUGCGCAAGCCGCAAUUUGUAUUAUAAACCAGCCGACAGCCGUCUACAGCAGAAAAUUCUCUUAUGCGACGAGCGGUCACACCGAGUACGACAGCUGUUUUGAAAUGGAGGCUCUGUUAAAAUAUCGUUAUAGUUUUUUAGCUGGCGCUUGCGCUGCUGGCGGCAGCUUCUUUGGCAAGUUGCCCAGCUAUCUUAGCGCCCUACGCUUGGUGAAAUCAACAACCGGCAAUUCGUAUGUGGAAGUUGCACUGAUCCAAUUGCUGCCUCUGAUCCUUAUGCUACUCUGCAAUGUUUGCAACAUGCGCUACUUUCUGAAGGCGCUGCAAAUGUCACAGCAAACACUCACGGCAACCGUCUUGACAGCCGCCUCCAAUUAUGUCUUAUCGUUCAUUUUAGGUGUACUCGUUUAUCAAGAGCCGCUGUCGACAUUAUCCGGCAUUGGUAUAUCAUUUAUAUUGGCAGGUCUUUGGUUUCUAUGCGACUCUCCAACAAAAACUGAAAUUAAGAGCAAGCAAUCUUAGAAACUAUGAAUUGUAUUUAUUUAGGCAUUAGGCAAGUUUUACUGUAAACGAAAAAUCACUUAACGAAAGAAAUUCCAAUUGCAAGCAAACUUGUUUUUCUACUUAACGAAAUCAAAUCCAAUUAUAAACCCAUCUCAAUUGCCCACCUGACGAAAGCAGCUCCAUCUACAAAUUCAACCAAUUUCGAUCUUAACGAAUCCAAUUCAAAUUAAGUUUCAAUUCAGGCAAAUGGCCUGCAAAAUGAAAAAACAUUUGCUACUUAUAUAAUUGUUGUUUAAUGUACUAUUUUGCAAAUACAUAAUUCAUGUUUGUUUCUUUGUUUAUAAUGCACAUAAGUGGGGCAUAAUGUUGUAAUGCAAUAAUUGUUAAUACAGUUCUCUACAUAUAAUUCAUUGUAGAUAUCUAUUAAAUAUAUGCGCGCAUUUCAAAUUUUUUUGCUCUGUGCUGGCAGAAAAAACAAAGAUUUAUAACCAAAUGCAAUAAAAAAGAAAAUAAAUUGUAGUAAGAGCACAAACUAUAAAUAUAUUUGUUUAUAGUAAAUUACAUAAGUUGCAUUCCGUUCGUUUGUUUUGUUUUUCAUAUUUUCAUCAUCCAUUCGCAAUGUAUUAUAUUAGUUAAUUAAAUAUAAUUUGUAUGUUUCAAAAAUGUAAUUUAAUUGCUAAGACGUAUAAAUACUUUUAUUUUCUGUUUCCAUGUAUUUAUUUUAACGUGAAAAGUUGUACGCACUUUUCUCAGCUCCUUCUCGUUUCCUCUUUAGUUUUGUAUCCGUUCCUUCGUUUCGCUUCGCUUCCUUCCUUUUCAAGUCGCAGCUGUUUGUCCGCACGCUUCUUUUGCAAUCAAUUUAAAUAUAUUUAAUUUGUUUUUGUAUUUUGCUCUUGGGUUUUAGAAACCCAAUUUACAUUAUAUUCUUGUUGGUUGUUGCUUUUGUUUUGUGUAUGUGUUUUUGAACUUUCCUGUAUGUUUGUUGUUUGUCGUGUGGUGUUUUGUUAAGUGUUCAUCUAAUUACUAUGUUUUUUUUUUGUUUUUAUUAUUAAUUAAUUAAUUAAAUAAAUCAUUAUAUAGAAACAUUUAAUUGUAUUUGAAAAAAAUGCGCAAACUGUUUCCGUUUGUAUUCUUUUUUGGAGUUUUUUUUUGCGCGUUGCCGACUAACGGUAAAUCGACUGCUAACGUGGCAACGCUGCGUGUAAAGUAUGUGUGAACGUGAAGGAUGUGGAUGUG